CUAAGCGUCCUCGGUGACCCCAGCUGGGAUUUAGCCUGGUGCUGUGUCAGCUCCGGGCUCCCAGGGGUCCCCAGUGGUCCCCAGGCACCCUCGGCACGGCCAGGGCGUCUCCCUCGUCCAGUGAGGGCAGGGACGGGCCACAGGCCAAGGGCAGCAGUCAGGCCUGCUCUGGCUGUGAGUGCCACUGGCUCGGCCUCGGCCAAUGGGCCCUCGCGUCUGAGGCGGGCAGGAAGCCAGCUCCAGGAUGGAUUUCGGGUCCCUGGAGACCGUGGUGGCCAACUCUGCGUUCAUCGCCGCCCGAGGCAGCUUUGACGGGAGCAGCUCCCAGUCCUCCCGGGACAAGAAGUACCUGGCCAAGCUCAAGCUGCCCCCGCUGUCCAAGUGUGAGUCCCUCCGCACCAGCCUCAGCCUGGAGUUCGAGAGUGUGUGCUUGGAGCAGCCCAUCGGCAAGAAGCUCUUCCGGCAGUUCCUGCAAUCGGGGGAGAAGCACCUGCCGGCCCUGGAGCUCUGGAAAGACAUCGAGGACUAUGACACAGUGGACGAUGACCUCCGGCCGCAGAAGGCCAAGACCAUACUGGCCCACUACCUGGACCCCCAGGCUAAGCUCUUCUGCAGCUUUCUGGAUGAGGGGUCGGUGACCAAGUGUAAGGAAGGGUCCGUGGAGAGCCAAGACAGGCUCUUCCAGCCCCUGCUCCAGGCCACCCUGGCACACCUGAGCCAGGCCCCCUUCCAGGAGUACCUGGACAGUCUGCACUUCCUGAGGUUCCUGCAGUGGAAGUGGCUGGAAGCCCAGCCCAUGGGGGAGGACUGGUUCCUGGACUUCAGGGUCCUGGGGAAAGGGGGCUUCGGGGAGGUGUCGGCCUGCCAGAUGAAGGCCACCGGCAAGCUGUAUGCCUGCAAGAAGCUGAACAAGAAGCGGCUGAAGAAGAGGAAGGGCUACCAGGGUGCUAUGGUGGAGAAGAAGAUUCUGAUGAAGGUGCACAACAGGUUCAUUGUGUCUCUGGCCUAUGCAUUUGAAACCAAAGCCGACCUCUGUCUGGUGAUGACCAUCAUGAACGGAGGCGACCUCAGGUACCACAUCUACAACGUGAACGAGGAGAACCCUGGCUUCCCUGAGCCGCGUGCCGUCUUCUACACGGCGCAGAUCAUCUGCGGCCUGGAGCACCUGCACCAGCGGAGGAUUGUGUACCGCGACCUCAAGCCCGAGAAUGUCCUGCUGGACAACGAUGGCAAUGUCCGGAUCUCUGACCUUGGGCUGGCCGUGGAGCUGCUGGAGGGGCAGAGCAAGACCAAGGGCUACGCAGGGACCCCAGGUUUCAUGGCCCCCGAGCUCCUGCGGGGUGAGGAGUAUGACUUCUCCGUGGACUACUUUGCCCUGGGGGUCACCUUGUAUGAGAUGAUUGUGGCCAGAGGACCCUUCCGAGCCCGUGGAGAGAAGGUGGAGAACAAGGAGCUGAAGCAGCGGAUCCUCGAGGAGCCUGUGAAGUACCCCGACAAGUUCAGCCAGGCCAGCAAGGACUUCUGCGAGGCGCUGCUGGAGAAGGACCCCGAGAAGCGCCUGGGGUUCCAGGACCAGACCUGCGACAGGCUCCGUGCCCACCCCCUCUUCAAGGACAUUAACUGGAGGCAGCUGGAGGCCGGGAUGCUGAUACCCCCUUUCAUCCCAGAUUCCAAAACUGUCUACGCAAAGGAUAUUCAGGACGUGGGUGCCUUUUCCACCGUCAAAGGUGUGGCCUUUGACAAAACAGACACAGAAUUCUUUCAGGAAUUCGCCACUGGCAACUGCCCCAUCCCCUGGCAGGAGGAGAUGAUUGAGACGGGCAUCUUCGGCGAGCUGAAUGUGUGGCGCUCGGACGGUCAGAUGCCAGAUGACAUGAAGGGCAUCUCCAGGGACUCCAGCUCCUCCUCCAAGUCAGGGAUGUGUCUGGUUUCCUAGGCGAUGCUCCAGAGCCCACGCGGAGGAAAAGGACCUGCAGGGCUCGGUGGGGGCCGCCUGCCUCUGUGGUGCCAGCCUGGGGUCUGCCAGCGAGGGGACACGCAGCUCCCUCCACCCAGGUCCCCAUCAUGCUGGCUCCUUGCGGCCCAAGGAGGAGAAAGCCUGAAUCAACUUGCCAAGCCACCAGACGCCCGCCCUGGUGCUGUGAGCCCCUGACCGAAUAGUCCACUCAUUCUGCUCCAUUUUACUAAGAAGACUUAAGAUGCUCUCUGGAGGAAAUAAGCCAAAAAUCUGCAAACUCUUA